UUGUGCAACAGUAAAUGUGUCCAAAUUAUCUGUGCGUAUGGAAUUAUAUGUGCAAUCAACCUGCAGUCAACAUCAUUCCAACAAUUCAACCAGCAGUCAGAGAGACACCGUAAAUCACAAUCAUCAUGCUACGUCAUCUAGUUAAUGUGUUGCGCUUCAUCUUGCAAGCGGUUCGGAAAAAUAUCAAGCCACUUAUCCUGAUAGCAUCAUUUCUGACGUUCAUAUGGCUUAUAGCCGAUACAGUGCAUCGGCCAGAGUUUGUGCGGCAUGCGUCAAAACACUCCUUCCGGUCUGGGAACCAUUCAGAUGGUCAAGAUGAGAGGUGGAACAAGCGGUCAGUGCAACAGUUUCUGGAUCUACUAGAAAUCGAUUUCAAUGCGACGAGUGGACAUGAAAUGCUGCGAGUUGAAGAAACCUGCUCGUCGGAUAAUACGCUGUUGUUUACAGCAUUUGCAGGAAGUUCCCUGCCAGAAAACUUGUGGCAUUACUUCUCUCUCAUAGCCAUCCAAAACAGCUUAGUGUCAGCAGCGAGUAGACAGCGAGUAGAAUUUUUCAUAACUGGGACGGCAAUGACUGAGCUUAGCCAGCUAUUUGUGAGUGUGCCAUACGAAGUGAUCGAUCUCGAUACCAUACGAUGCUAUAACAUUCCGGCAGCAUAUAUAUUAAACAGCGACACACAAAUCGAAGUAGCAAUCGGGAAGAAGCAGCUUUUUAUACUCAACAACCAGGCUAUACGCUAUAAAGAGAUCUUAAAUGUACCAUGGCAACAACAAAAACAGUUUUUCAACUUUCGCACGGAAACGCUAAACACGGUGUACGAUGUACUAAAGGAAUUGCGCCAUCGCGCAAAACUAUACGGUGAUGAAGAUGAUGUAAACGGUCUUCAGAUUGUCGGUAUACACAUUCGUGAGGACGAUCAGCUACCGUUCGACUAUUACUAUCGUGCCAUCACUUUCCAACGCAAAAUGCAUGACACUGGCAUGCUCCUGUUUGUAGUGAUAUGUGAAAAUCCUAAAGGGGCUAUUUGUGGCAUGUUAGACGUACAAAGCGAACGAAUCGAAGUUAUUGCAGAACAUGACGAUCCGGACGUCGAUUUUGUGCUAAUGACGCACUGCAACCACACUAUUGUUUCGAACGAACGCGACAUAUUUCCGCCGCUGCUCCGUGGCACAGGGAAUACCGUUGUUUUUGGUCAGCAAAACGAUGAUAGCCGAUAUGCGAUUGAGUUAGCCAACUAUUUGGAGAACUGGUACAGCAUUGUCUAG